AUGAUGAAAUCCUCAAGAUCGCACAAGAAGCAGAGGCUUCAAACCAGUAGAGGGUGCAGGACAUUGUGUUGCAGCUGUCGGUUGAGCGUGUCGUCCUCAUCGGAGGAAGCUGAGAGCGCCGGUUCCGAGCGGUUUGCCACGAUCUCGAGCCUAGCGCACGCAAUGGUCCAAGAGAGGCUAGACCAAAUGAUAAGGGAAAGGCAAGAGGCAAGGCAUCGUUUGGAGAGAAUCAGGAGGCAAAGAGGCGAGGAAGAGAAGCGGUUCGUCGUGAUGAUGGCGAUGGAAAAGAGCUCUCACGAUCCGCGGGAGGAUUUCCAGGAGUCCAUGGUCGAGAUGAUAACGGUAAACAAGAUCGACGACCCGAAGGACCUCAGGCGUCUCUUGAAUUACUACAUCUCGAUGAAUUCGGACGAGUAUAGAGGGUUGAUACUAGAGGUAUUUCACGAUGUAUGCACAAGGCUGUUCUUGUGUUGUAAAUGCCAUUGAUGGACAUUAACUGAGGAUUUCCUAGAGUGUUAGUUGAUUAUUAAGUUUCGAUUCAAAAAAGCAUGUGAAG